AGUCAACGUCUACACUUGGAGUCCAGCUUUUUUUCGCCCAUGGGGUGCCGACAUAAAACACACGGAAAAGGUUUCCGCUAAGCGUGCGGUGGAUGCCGAUUGUCUCCAGAUUCGGGACGAGGACCUCGGCGCCGGCGCGGCGACUAAGCCGGCGGGGACCGAAGGUGGGGUGUUUGCCGUUCGCUCGCUAUAUAAUGAGCCCAUCAUCCAUCUUCAUUACCUGUUCCUAAGAUCGACGGCAUUGGCCUAUUCUCAACGAAACCUAGGGGGCUUCUAUAUCCCGAUCCUCUGUCGGCUAUAAAACAUGUCUUGUCCUACUGCCGUCCUCGGGGCGGGUAUCAUCGGCGUCUCGACAGCUUACUAUCUUUCGCAGCACCAGGACCCGGCAACCAUUCACCUGGUCGAACCGUCUCCUGAAUUAUUCUCCUCGGCCUCCGGAUUUGCGGGAGGGUUCCUCGCCAAGCAUUGGUUCGGGCCUUCGCUGUCAGCGCUCGGCGUCCUCAGCUUCGAGGAACACCGUCGCCUUGCAGAAGAGCACGAUGGACGAAAGGCAUGGGGCUAUUCGGCGACCACGUGCGUCAGCUACGCAGCAUCGGCUUCCGCACACGAUUCACAGGCACGGGGCGAUGACUGGUUACGUUCCGGGACCAGCCGCGCGGAUGCGGCUCCGGUAGUCCUGGACUCGCUCUCCGGGAAGUCGCCGACUUGGCUGCGGAGGACAGAGGGCGACCAUAUCGAGCUCAUUAGCGAUGAGGGUACUACCGCACAAGUUGAUCCCCUUUUGCUAUGCCAGUUCCUCUUGCGAGAGUGCCUCAAGCGCGGGGUGAAGCUACAUCACCCGGCCAAGCCGGUUGCGGUGAGCACCGGUGAAAACAACGAGCUGGCUGGUAUCCGCAUUAUUGAUACCAAGUCCUCUGCGGAACGGGAGCUGCCCUGCACGCGGCUGGUCAUCACGGCCGGAUCAUGGACGGGACAAGUGUUUCAGAUACUCUUCUCCAAGUCGAAGCUCCAAGUCCCCAUCAAGAGCUUGGCCGGGCAUUCGCUGGUUCUGAAGUCACCGCGGUGGCAUGCCGGGCUAGAGAAGAACGGGUGCCACGCCCUCUUCACCACGCACAACGAGGAUUUCUGUCCGGAACUAUUCUCGCGGGUCAAUGGUGAUAUCUACUUUGCCGGCCUCAAUUCUUCGACGCUUCCCCUCCCGGAUCCAGCGGAGGGGAAGUCAACGCCGUACCCCGAAAACCUCGCGCAGCUGCGACAAGCUGCUAGAGACAUUCUCGGGUCGGGUUCGGGAACGGCUGAGGGCGAUGGCGAUCUGGAGAUAGUUCGGGAAGGGUUGUGCUUCCGGCCCAUAACCUCCUGGGGAGCGCCGAUUAUCUCCAAAAUUCGGGACCAGGACCUUGGUGCCGGAAUGGCAACCAAGCCGGGGGAAGGGGGAGUGUUCAUUGCCGCCGGUCACGGACCGUGGGGUAUCGCCAUGAGUCUUGGCACGGGCGUGGUGUUGGCCGAAAUGGUUCAGGGACGAGAGCCGAGCGCGGAUGUGAGCGGAUUGGCUUUUGACGGCGACAGGAUGAGGGAGUUAUACGCGAAUUAAACGGUAAAGAUAAGGUUGGCUGGCGCCUCUACUGAGUCUCGAGUGAGCAGUUAGCAUGGCGUUGAGAAACUUGAGAAACACACUGGGGAG